AUGACGCUUUAUCUAAUCGGUCUACUAUUCACGGUCACGGUAGUUAUCCCCGUAACGAAUCGGCAUGUGAUGAAUCUUAACGAGUCUCCUGGUUUGCAAACCCUUGACGACAGCCAUGGCGGAAGGGUACGGUUGGGUACCGGGCGGAGAAUAAUCGGGAUGGGCGGAGUGGGUGGAGGAGGAGGAGGAGGAGGAGGAGGAGGAGGAGGAGGAGGAGGAGGAGGAGGAGGAGGAGGAGGAGGAGGAGGAGGAGGAGGAGGAGGAGGAGGAGGAGGAGGAGGAGGAGGAGGAGGAGGAGGAGGAGGAGGAGGAGGAGGGGGAAGUGCUGAAAAGGAGGGUGAAAUAACGAAUGGUACAACCCCUCAGUGGAGAGCGUACGGUCCUGUGAGGAAGUGCGGAGACCCCUCAGUGGAGAGAGUGCGGUCAUGUGAGCAAGCUCAUCUCCCCUUCCCCUUCCCCCCUCCCCCCUUUCGGACCCAACCCCAUUCCGUGUUCCCUGUUGACCUGUACCAGACCCAUCAGUGGAGAGAGUGCGGUCCUGUGAGGGAGUGGCAGAGGACGACAUUGUUCUCCGCAUGCUCCUCUCCCCGACGCCCCUCAUGCUCACUCCAUCCUCCCACCCUCGCCCAUCCUCGCCCACUCCAUCAUGCUCUCCUCCCCUCGCCCAUCCUCGCCAUGCCAGACCCGUCAGUGGAGAGAGUGCGGUCCUGUGAGGGCGUCGCAGAGGACGACAUUGUGCUGCGCAAGCUGCUCUCCCCGACGCCCCUCAAGCUCACUCCCCUCGCCUUCCACCCCUCCCUUCCCCCCCUCGCCCAUGCGUGCCAUGUCAGACCCCUCAGUGGAGAGAACCCCUCAGUGGAGCGGGUGCGCUCCUGUGAGGGGGUGGCUGAGGACGACAUUGUUUUGCGCAAGCUGCUCUCCCCGACCCCCCUCAAGCUCACUCCCAAAACGCUCCCCGCCAACCUCGUCCUCUCCUUCGCGCUCGGCCUUUCCGCUGCCAACCUAUCAGCACUCGCCACGUCAUUUAGAAAAUUCGAGUGGCCACAGGGGUGGAAGCACCAACCGGGGGUUGCACUGCAAACGUUCUGCUCACCAGAAGAAGGCAAGUGGGCAGCAGCGCAUGCCACCAACCUGCGCUAUCGUGCCUUCCACCUCUUCCUGCGCUCGCUGGACUUUGAGGGAACCGUCAUCCUCACUGACCCUACAGAUGUUCUCUUUCUUGCCAAUCCUUUUCCUACACUCAACGACAUGUCGUUUCAUCUCUACACGGGCUCGACCACAUACCCAGCACAUGGCAUCCGUUUCCUGCCUCCAGAGCACAAGCGCCUUGCGGCAUGUUAUGGCACCCGCCUGGCAUUCUCGCUCGCAAACUCACGAAUAAUCACAUCCGGCUUUGUGGCGGGGACUAUGAGCCAGGUGCCAGAGUUCUUGAUACAGGUCAUAGAAGACUUUGAGAGGCUACCAGAGGAUUGUAUAGCGCUGGAGGGAAGCGAUGAAGCUGUUGUGAACCAUCUCGUACGAUCAG